AAUAGCAGCUAUUGUGAACAGUACUUAAAAAUUACUACUUUAAGGAUAAUCUUGUUCUUUAUUCCCCUUCCAAUUCUUUCAUCCUCAAAAACUACAACGUGCAGAAUGAUAAGCCUUGCAGGCAGGCAGCGGUGCAAGCCAAACAUAUAGCACUUCACUUCAUGUAAGAUAGGUUUAAGAGACAUGAAAACUUGAAAAAAAAGAACAAACUCGGCUUAUAGUAUAUUUGUAACAACACUUUUGAAAUGAAACUUCAUAUAUGGAAUGAGUUUAAUUAAGCAAAUGACCUAUGAUCAAACCAUAAAAGACAAAUUAUUAAGGCAUACGUAUACAAUACCAUACAAAUAACAAACCAUACUAAUUAAGAAAAAAAGAUCGAACAACUUGACAGCACGCGACCGGUACGUACUGCAUGUGAACAUAUUUAAGGGCUAGUGGCUGAAGGUGGUGGGGAGAAAAAUGGGAUGGAGGGAAUUGUAGUAGGGAUCCCUGAGGGGAAGUUUGGCAGUGGAGGCAAUGUAACCUUAGGGAUAGUUGGCACAGUGGGGAAACUUGGCAGUGGAGGCAGCUGUGUUGUGGGUUUAGGUAGCGGUGGCUGGUUGAUUGGCAAGUUUGGUAAAGUGGGUUGUGGCAGUGUUGGGAGAGGAGGUAAAGGUGGCAGUGUUGAAGCAGGUUUAGGCAACGUCGGUGCACCCGUCUGCAAAAGAUUACGCCCUGCUACGGUGACAUGGAUGCUGGAUGAGCACAAGAUAACGAAGAUAGCUAGGAAGCAGUACUUGCAAGAGGCCAUUGGUUCAACCUCUCUCAGAAAGAUUUGGAAGUAAUUGUAAUGAGUAUGGUUUGAAUUUGGAUAAUUAGAUUGUGUUGUUUGGCCUGUUUAUAUAGCCAGCCAAGUAAAAAUGUUUAUGGUUGCGUUGUAGUUGAUUUUCUCAGAUAUCGAUACGAAAAAUUUGACGAUCUAUUUUAGAUGUAGUUGUUGGUCUUGUUGUGGUUCACCUUCUGGUUGACU